AUGUUUUUAAAUAGAAAAGAAGAGUUGAUAAAGCAUAUGAAACAAAGUUUGCACGAUAUUCAGACACACUUAAUGUCCCUAGAAAUGCUCUCGACACAAUACGAUAGUAUGCAAUCCCUUACAAUUCCACAAGCAAUACGAUUUACAGAUUAUAGUAGUUCAAUAAAAAUAUUAAAUGAAUGUAUAUAUAAUCAAAAGAAGAACUCUCAAAUAGUCGUUAGUUUUGAAAAUUUAAUAAAAACGACUUUGGCUGCUUUAUUGGACUUUUCUGAGUUAUUAAAUAAUUUUCAAAAGCAAAUUGAAGAAGACGGAUAUUUCCUCAAGAACUAUCACAACAACGUGAUUCAAAUAUUAAUUGAUAAAAACAAACAAAACUUUGAAAAUGAACUUAAGACGAACCAAUUUCGAAAAGCGGCGUUAAACGAAGAGUUCCAACAAAGGAACACAUUUUUGUCUUCACAAAUGAUCAACUCGAUCUUUCCAUUGAAUAAUAUGGUGUUUGACUCAACUCAUUUUCAAAGUCGAACAAUAGCAACGGAAAUGGAAAUGCCAACGACCUUGAAACCCAAAGUUGUGCAAUUGAUAAAAACAGAAUACGAAAAUAAAGCAAAUGAUCAAUUUAAUGAAGUGAUGCAGAAAAACAUUAAAAUGGAAGAAGAAGAAAUGCCAAUCAAAAAUUGCAUUGAAAACGACGUUUUAUUACAUCCAAAAGAUUUACUCACAAAUAAUGAACCACCAAAAGUCAUUAAAAAAAUCGAAAUUGGGUGUUAUCAAUGCUCAAAAAAGAAACAAAUUAAACCGCAAAUUAGUAUGGAAAAUAAUAGUAAAAAAGAUAUUAAUACUUCUCAAGUAAGUGACACUAAAAAAGUCGAUGGAGAACAACAAGAAGAACAAUUGAAUCAAAACAAAGAAAUACCAAAAAAUGUUUUUGAACAAACAAAAGUUAUUGAAACGUGUCAUCAUAUAAUACAAGAAGUACAAGAAAGAAAAAGUGAUGACAAUCAAAGCAAACACUUAUUAAAUUUGCCUUGGUAUAAAAAAGAACCAAAACAAGAAAACGACUUUAAAAAAAUUGAUUUGAAAAAAUCUCAUGACCACCGACUUGUUGAAAAUAAAAAACCACAAAUUUUGAUAAAGAAAAUUCAAGUAGUCCAACAACAAAAAGUCACAAGAAAUUAUUUGAAAGAACAAAAACAGGAAAUAAGACAGAAAAGUCUUACUGUUGACAAAUUUUUAACAACAAGUGAUAUGAAACAAAUUUAUAAAUGGUGCGCAAAGAACGUUGAAAGUGUUGUAUUUGACUCUGAAAUAAAUUCCACUGAUUUGGGGUCGACUGAAUUCUUUGAAGCUAUGAGAACUAUAACUGGUUUUAUCAUUUGUAUCGAAGACUUUGAAAAGAACCGAUUUGGUGUUUAUUUAACUCGAAAGAUAACAGACAGCAACACGUUCUUUAUGGAUCAAAAAUGUUUUGUAUUCAAAUUGAAAGAAAAAGGUCGAGAAAAAUUCGAUAGGUAUUUAAUUAGACCAAAUCUAAAUAAAUUUGCGUUUAAAAUUGAUAAAAAAGACAGCAAUUCUUUAUUCAAUGUUGGUGAUGGCGACAUUAUAAUGAUGAGGAAAAAUAAACAACAAGAAUUGUGGUGCAGCUGUAAGAUGAAUGCUUUCGACUAUGAUGGACGGAAAGUUGGAAUAUGUGGAGAACAAAAUAACUCGACUUUUAAAAUUCAAAAAUUCGCUGUUUAUACAUUGAAAAAUUAA